AUGGGAAAGGAUAGAGUUAAAGAAAAUUAAGUAAAAAAUGUUUUUAUUCUUAAUAGAGAUCAUUUAGUAAGGAAAAGAAAAAAGAAAAAAAGGAAAAGAAAGAGAAAGACAAAGAGAAAGACAAAAAAGAUAAAAAGGAGAAGAAAGAAAAGAAGGAAAAAAAGGAAAAAAAUAUAAAAAAGGAUAAAAAAUAAAAGAAUGAAACGAUUAAGAAAAAACCAAAAAAGAAUUAGUGGGGCAAAUAUGGUACCAUUAGGUUAUGUAUUUUUAAUAUUAAAGUCAUACAGACAUGUAUUUAAAAAGAGAAGAAUUUUUAAUGUGGUUAUCUGAUGUGAAAAUGUUAAAUGUUGAAGCAAUUACUCCUCAAGAAGAAAAGAAAUACUUUGAAGAAUAUGUGGAAUGCUAUAAUACAGCAACUUUUCCAUCAUAAAAAUUCUAUAAUUUUAAAGUAUGGUUUGAAAAGGAAUAACUUAAAGAAAAAAUAUAAUAAGCAGAAUUAGAAAUGCAAACUUUUGAUGAUGAAAAAGAAAAACAGUAUUGAAUAAUUUAAAUUAUUAAUAGAAAAGAAUAUUAGGAAUAAAAAGAAUUUAUAAAAAAGUAAAAAUUAUAACGAGAAUAUUAACACUUACACGAAUUCUAAAAUAUUGUAAUUAAACUUUUAUUUAUUAAGGCACAAGACAUGCAAAAAUAAAAGCAAAUUUAAGAUUACUUUAGACAUUAUAAUUAAAUGGGUAAUCAUGAAGUAGCAAUGAGAUAUUAUAAAUAAUUGAAUCCUAUUCAUACUAUUGAUGCUCCUUAAAUGUAAUAGCAACCUCCUAUGGAAUAUGAUUAUGAUUGCGAAAACUUCUGA